UAUAAUCUUGGUAGUCAAGAAACUAUAAGAAGCCAUCAAGUCCAGGAAGAAAAAAACCAACCCCAAAGUUGUAAUUUCAAGAGUUUGGGCAAGCCUAUGAGUUGCAGAGUUAAGACUGCACUAAAACUGAAGGGUAUAGAACACGAAUUCAUUGAAGAAGAUCUUGCCAACAAGAGUCCUUUACUUGUUAAGUACAACCCUGUUCACAAGAAGAUUCAUUUGCCCUUGCACAAUGGAAAACCAAUUUGUGAGUCGCUUGUCAUUCUUGAGUGCAUUGACGAGACCUGGAAAGGCACUCCCAUCUUACCUAAAGAUCCUCGUGAGAUAGCCAUGGCACGUUUCUGGGCCAACUUCAUAGAUGAGAAGUGCUUUCCUGCAAUAUUGAAGGCUUUGUCAAGCAAAGACGAUGAACAAGAGAAGGCCAUGGAAGAAGCAAGUGAGGACCUGAAAACACUAGAAGCCCAACUCAACGAUAAAAAGUUAUUUUGGAGAGACUAUCAGUCUAGUAGACAUCGUGACAAACUUGAUCGGGAAUUUUCCUUCUGUGAUCCAUCAAACAGUUAUUGACUUCUUAGUUGUUAGUAUCUUAGUUGGAAUAGAUGCGAAAAUCAGGUGCUCCGGUGUGAAAAUAUUCAAGAUGUUGCAAAUCUCAUGAAUUUCUAAUAUGGCCUCCAUAAGAAGAGGAAUUGAAACCAACAAUAGCUAAUCGUCAUUUAGCACGAAAAAUCAUUGACAGUGAGAUAUGGGUUGAUUGUAAACUUGCAACCAUGGUCGAUCCAAUCUAGUCCACAUGAAAACUGAAAUGUUGAAAUUCAGUACUCCCACAACAGACACAGGAAAUUCAGUCAUUUCUGAACACUGAAAUCAUUACUUUUCUUCUCUCUUUUAAGGCUAAGUCUUUUUUGUUUUCAUUUUUGGAGUGCAUCUUCUGCAGAAAUACACACUCCUAGAAUCUUGGCAAAUGAGAAAAUCUGAGAUGUUCAGGUCUGAUUUCGUUUGUACAAAACGUAAUCAGACAUAGAUGUUCUCAUGUACUUCAUUGUAUACUAGAGGCAAGGUCAGUGUUACCUAGGCUAGUGCUGUCCCACGGGCACGAAUAGCAUCCUCUAGUCUAUACUGCAGGGAUCUAGAUCCUUCUAUUACAGAAACUCUGCACUGCACCAAUAAUUUCAUGGGACUCAUGCUGCAUUGAAAAACUCCACUCAAAACUAAGUAAAAUAACAUUUACUUAAUCAAUAUUGAGCAGUUAUAUAAUUCACUGUUCUUGAAUUUCAUUGUUGGCUGUAAAUGGAUCGGGUUUGGAAUGGGUUUCGUAGAAUCUGAUCGGAUUAUUUGUUAAUCGGAAUCGGAGUCCAAAUUAUCUAAAUCCAAUAUUGAGAGCCCGUUUGGAAACUUGGCUUUUUUUAGCAACUUUUUGACUUUUUUAUGAGAUGAAAAAAGUUAAUGUUUUUGGCAUAGUUUUUGUAGGUGAAUUGAUGGAUGUUGUGAGGGUAAAAGUGAUUGAUUGAUGUUUAAAAUGUGACAUUUCAGCUUGUUUAGCUUUUUGAUUUUUUUUUUAUGAGAUGAAAAAUGUUAGUGUGUUUGGGAUAGUUUUUAUAGCUGAAUCGAUGGAUGUUGUGAGGAAAAAAGUGUUGAUUGAUGUUUAAAGUGUGACAUUUUAACACGUUUGACUUUCUGACUUUUUUCCCCCAAAGUUGGUAUUAAUUAACAGUAAUCAUUGAACAAUUCUCCUGUAUUUCAUUGACAAUCGAGAAUUCAUGAGGUAUUGGAUUACCUCAUUGAAUCUCAUUCCAGUUGCGUGUUGAAAAAACAUGGGAAUGUUCACAUGAAAAUCAUUUGACCAAAGUAAUUAUUUUUUAAUACCCACCAACUGAAUAUUUGAUUAAGUACAUGCAUCUAACCUUGAUGAUGACCAACAAACUCGUGGUAUGACUCAUCUAUAAGAAGCCACCAAGUCGAUGAAUAAAAAACCAACCUCAAACUUGUAAUUUCUUAAAGAGUAACAAAAGAGCAAAGAAUUGUUAAAAUGGCUGAACAAGUGAAGUUGUUGGGACAUUGGGCAAGUCCUUUAAAUUGCAGAGUUGAGAUUGCCCUGAAAUGGAAGGGCAUCGAAUACGAAUUCAUCCAAGAAGAUCUCCAAAACAAGAGUCCUCUUCUCCUCAAGUGCAACCCCAUUCACAAGAAGAUUCCAGUGCUCUUACACAAUGGAAAGCCCAUUUGCGAGUCGCUUGUCAUUCUUGAGUACAUUGACGAGACCUGGAAAGGCAAUCCCAUCUUUCCUGAAGAUCCUCAUGAGAGAGCCAUAGCACGUUUCUGGGCCAACUUCAUAGAUGAGAAGUGCUUGCCUGCAAUAAACAAGGCUUGUUUUACCAAAGACGAUAAGGGCAUUGAAGAAACAAUUGAGCUCUUGAAAACACUAGAAGCCCAACUGAAUGAUAAGAAGUUUUUUGGAGGAGACAGUGUUGGUCUAGUAGACAUUGUCGCAACCUUGAUCGGAUAUUGGCUUGAAGUGAUUCAGGAAGUAGUGGGAGUAGAGUUGUUGACAGAAGAGAAAUUUCCCAGACUCUACAAAUGGAUCGAAGACUAUGUUAAUUGCUGUGUCAUCAAAGAACAUCUGCCACCCAGAGAGAAACUACUCACCUCUGCCAAAACAUAUUUUCAACAAAAAUAAAAAGAUGCAGUUUCGAAUUGCAGACCGGUUUUCUUUUCUAUGUACUACUAGUUCUUGUGUUUUGUGUUGCAAAUUAAUUGAAGUACUUUAAAUUUCUAUGUAUAAGGAGCUAGUUAUCGCUCUUGUUUCAUUUCAAAUAAGAAGUGAUAUUUUUGUAU